AUGCGAUCUCUCUUGAUUUGCGGCCUUGUCGCCAGUGCAACGGCACAAGUGAGCAUCAGCUACAGUGUUACUGCAACAGUCACGGCAACCGAGAUCGUGACUGUCACCACAUGCCCAUGCUUGAGCUCGACGACUUCGUCAAUAUUGAUACCGGAUGGGACGAUCACACCCUCAAGCACCAUUGCCACCACAAGCACGACUACGACUCUAGCCCCAUCGUCAUCGCUGAUGACCACCAGCAAUCCUGUGGCGAGCUUCAGCCCAGUCACAAGUGCAUCGUCGGCAAGCUCGAUUCUCUCGACCACCUCUGGCACCCCGAUCCCUACGUAUGAUGCAUAUAUCAAUGCCAUCCUUGUGCAUCACAACUACCAUCGCCUGAAUCACACUGCCCUACCAUUGACUUGGUCAGUUUCUUUAGCUGCCACCGCACAGCAGAUUGCGGAAACCUGUGUCUAUGGCCACGUCACUAAUAUUGAUGGUGGCGGAUACGGUCAGAAUAUCGGCGCCGGAUACCCUGGGACGCCUUUGGGCAUGGGUGCCUUCGUGACUGAAGGUCUCUACAACGGCGAGGUCAACAACUAUAUAUACUACGGCCAAGAACCCGACCUCAACACGCUCAAUGCAUGGGGACAUUUCACGCAGAUCGUGUGGAAGAGCACCACGGCCGUGGGAUGUUAUACUGCCGAUUGCUCCUCGAGCGGAUUGCAGAACGUUGGAGGCAAUGUGCAGCCAUACUUUACGGUCUGUAACUAUGCGCCGCCUGGGAACUUUAUCGGUCAGUUCGCGCCGAACGUGGGUGUCUCAAUUGGUCUGCCGAGCAUAGACGCGAACUACGGACUUGCUUGA